UGUUAUUGGAUACAGUAGGAGGGAGCCAAACCGUAGUGGGCUUUGGGUUUAUUAUAAUAUCGGAAUUACGAAAGCUCUACAGUAGACGCAGAUUCCAUAUACAUCCAACUGACGUGCCCUUUUCACACUGUAUAUAAGACGGGUCGAUGACGCUCAGUGCAUUUCCCUCACCCCUGCGCUCCUGUGGAUUUAGGGGACUUCUUGGAUUUUGCAUUAGAACAUAUAUAUGUUUUCAUUUCCCCCGCCCCAGAGGAUAAUUUGCCUUUUUUGGGAUUUCAUUUUUAACAGGAGUUAUGAUACUCAGGAUAAUUCAUAUCUUGCUACCAGUGCUGUUACUGCACACCACAGCAAUACCACAAGGAGGCCAAGUGGACAAUGAAUCCAGUUUUAACUUGUUUGAGAUCAGCAACAUCACCAGAAAGACGAUUGGCGCUAAAGUCUUCAAGGGUCAUGAAUGGGAUUCUCCAGCAUACCGCUUCAUCCGCUUUGACCACAUUCCUCCAGUCAGCCCCUCUGUCCUCCAGCAGCUCCUAAGACAGAUCCAGAACAAUGACGGCUUUGUGUUUGUGGCUUCCAUACGUCAGGAUCGAGCGUCUCGUGGCACUCUUGUGGGCUUAGAGGAUUCUGGUGGUCGUCGACAUUUCGAGAUCAUCUCUAAUGGACGUGCCAAUAGUUUGGACCUGGUCUACUGGGUGGAGGGCUCCCAGAACGUAGUGUCCUUUGAGGAUGUGGAUCUAUCAGACUCACAAUGGAAGAACAUCACAUUGCAUGUGCAUGGAGAGAAUGCCAACCUUUAUGUGGACUGCAGCCUCAUUGAUAGCUUUACCCUGGAUGAGUCUUUUUAUGACCACUUGCAAGCUGACGGCAGCUACAUGUAUGUGGCCAAGGGAUCUAACAGGGAGAGUCACUUCAGGGGUUUGUUGCAGAAUGUUUGUUUCAUCUUUGAUACACCUGUCGAAGAUAUUCUGAGAAAAAAGGGCUGUGAGAUUUCCAAGCCUGAUGACAUGCACAUGGUAGACAAGGGUGAAGACAUCAUGGAAGUCAGUCCAGCCAUCUCUACUAACUUUAUCAGGCAAGAAAUGGAGGAAAUAAACACGUGUAAGCACUCGUGCGAACAGCUCAGCUCCAUGUUGCAGGAGCUCAACGGACUCCGCAUAGUGGUCGGAAACCUAAUGGAUGGCCUACAGAAAGUGAGUGAGGAAAACACAGUCAUGAAGAAAGCUCUUGGCAACAUUAAGGAUAUCAAACACAACCGUAUGUGCUGGCAAGAUGGCCGCUUGUUUGAGGAUAAAGAAGACUGGGUGGUGGAUAGCUGCACCAAAUGCACUUGUCAGGAGUCAAAGAUUGUGUGCCACCAGAUUACUUGUCCUCCUGUGGCCUGUGCCGUUCCAGUGUUCCUGGAUGGAGAGUGCUGUCCAAUGUGUCUACCUAAGGACAGUGAGGAUGGCUGGUCACCCUGGUCUGAGUGGACAGAAUGCACAGUUACAUGUGGUAUGGGCACCCAGCAGAGAGGCAGGUCAUGUGAUGCGACCAGCAACCCCUGUAGUGGUCCUUCUAUCCAGACACGCACAUGUAGCUUGGCUAAAUGUGACAGUAGAGUUCGUCAGGAUGGAGGAUGGAGCCUGUGGUCUCCUUGGUCCUCCUGUUCAGUAACAUGUGGUGAAGGCCAGAUUACCAGAAUUCGCCACUGCAACUCACCAGUACCCCAGUUGGGGGGGAUGGACUGUGAAGGAAGUGGCAGAGAGACACAACAUUGUGAUUCCAAGCCAUGCCCUAUUGAUGGAAGAUGGGGCCCAUGGUCCCCAUGGGCUAUAUGCUCAGUGACAUGUGGUGGAGGAGUGCGGAGUCGAAUACGUGUGUGUAAUAGCCCUCUGCCACAGUAUGGAGGAAGAUGGUGCUCAGGAGAAGCCGAACAGACGGGGACAUGCAACAAGCAGGAUUGCCCUGCUGAUGGCUGUCUGUCCAAUCCCUGCUUUGGAGGGGUGGAAUGCACCAGCACACCUGAUGGCUCAUGGGAAUGUGGUACCUGCCCCGCCGGUUUCUGGGGCAAUGGAACAUUUUGCGAGGAUGUGAAUGAGUGUGAUCUGGUGCCUGAUUUGUGCUUUAAAGUCACUGGGAAACAGCGCUGCAUGAACACUGACCCAGGAUUCCACUGCCUUCCUUGUCCUGCCCGUUACAAAGGAAACCAGCCCUUUGGCAUGGGAGUGGAAUUUGCCAGGAACAAUAAGCAGAUUUGUGAACCUGACAACCCUUGCAAGGACAAGACACAUAAUUGUCAUAGAUUCGCCGAAUGCAUCUACCUUAGCCACUUCAGUGAUCCUAUGUAUAAAUGUCACUGUAAGAUUGGCUACGCAGGAGAUGGCUUUAUCUGUGGAGAAGAUUCUGAUCUGGAUGGUUGGCCCAACCAGAACUUGGUGUGUAGAGCUAAUGCCACCUACCAUUGCAAGAAGGAUAAUUGUCCCAGCCUUCCAAAUUCUGGCCAGGAGGACUUUGACAAGGAUGGACAAGGCGAUGCAUGUGACAAGGACGAUGAUAACGAUGGAAUUAUGGAUGAGAGGGACAACUGCCCUCUGCUGUUUAAUCCCAGGCAGUUUGAUUAUGAUAAGGAUGAUGUGGGUGAUCGGUGUGAUAACUGCCCAUAUGAACACAAUCCAGCUCAAAUAGAUACAGAUAACAAUGGAGAAGGAGAUGCCUGUGCUGUUGACAUUGAUGGGGAUGGCAUCCUAAAUGAAAAUGACAACUGCGUGUAUGGAUACAACAGUGAUCAGAAGGACACCGACAUGGAUGGAGUGGGAGACCAGUGUGACAAUUGUCCUCUGCUUCAUAACCCUGAUCAGGCUGAUACAGAUAAUGACCUUGUAGGAGAUCAGUGUGACAACAACCAGGAUAUUGAUGAGGACGGCCAUCAGAACAACCUAGACAAUUGCCCUUAUGUUCCUAAUGCCAACCAGGCAGAUCAUGACAAGGAUGGAAAAGGAGAUGCUUGUGACUUUGAUGAUGAUAAUGAUGGAAUUCCUGAUGACAAAGACAACUGCAGGCUGGUAGCCAACAAAGAACAGAUGGACUCAGAUGGUGAUGGUCGAGGUGAUGUCUGCCAGGAUGAUUUUGAUAAUGACAGCAUCCCUGACAUUUUGGACAUGUGCCCAGAGAACAAUGCUAUAAGUAUAACCGACUUCAGAAAGUUCCAGAUGGUGCAUUUGGAUCCCAAAGGGACCACUCAAAUUGAUCCAAACUGGGUAGUCAAGCAUCAGGGUAAGGAACUGGUCCAGACUGCCAAUUCAGACCCUGGAAUUGCAGUAGGCUAUGAUGAGUUCAAUGCUGUGGACUUCAGUGGCACCUUCUAUGUGAACACAGACAGAGAUGAUGACUAUGCUGGCUUUGUGUUUGGUUACCAGUCAAGUGGGCGCUUCUAUGUGGUUAUGUGGAAGCAGAUCACCCAAACGUACUGGGAAGAGAAGCCAUCAAAGGCCUUUGGAAUCUCAGGUGUCUCCCUCAAAGUGGUUAACUCCACCACAGGCACUGGGGAAAACUUACGCAAUGCCCUCUGGCACACUGGUGACACCCCUGGCCAGGUUCGCACACUGUGGCAUGACCCUAAGAACAUUGGCUGGAAGGACUAUACUGCAUAUAGGUGGCAUCUCAUUCAUAGACCUAAGACUGGAUUCAUUAGAGUGGUAGUAUAUGAGGGGAAACAGAUCAUGGCAGACUCUGGCCCAGUCUAUGAUAAGACAUUUGCAGGAGGACGAUUGGGGUUAUUUGUCUUCUCGCAGGAACUGGUUUUCUUUUCUGACCUUAAAUAUGAAUGUCAAGAUGAUUGAAGAUGACAAGUUAUGGUUACUAAGGAUUUUUUCAGCUACAUGAAAUGUCUGUGUUUAUAUGAGUAGAACUGAUGGAAAGAGGUGAAGUACAAUGCGAUGGAACCAAAAUUCACACAGGACAUAGAAACUUGCACCACUACUACACCAUCUUUACAAACCUUCAAAUCAGCACCCAUAAAAAAAAAAAAUCAGUAUUCUUCUUCACAUCCAGUCUUGAGCACAUGAAGCAAGUUUUUCUUGCUUCAGAUCUAUUUUUAUGUGUUAUAUGGUUCUUUCUCCUGUUUGCCACUGAAAAUACAUGUAAAUUGCUAGUUUAUAGGCCAAUAGCAUUUCUGAAUUAUGUUUUCAUGUUGUAUCCAUAAUCUGUAUCAUUAAAUUAUUCAUAAACUAGUCAUCUAAUAAACACCUGAAUAAUAAUUAAAAUGUGUUUAUUAAAAGAAAAAGGUUGUUUUUUGAGUCAGUAUUAUGUUUACAGCACAUCCGUUUUUCCAACUUGCUGCAACAGGCUUUAUGAGAUUUUUCUAAAGGGCAAAUAUUCAGUAGAUUGGGCUUUCAAGUUCAAAGUGUCAGUGAAUUGUCAGGUUUUAGUUUCUGCCUGCUCAGGCCGAACUAAGCAAAUCAGUCGCCACACUACUCACAAGAUGUUUUUGUAUUAGAAAUUUUCAUUUUUUUUUAGGUUUAUCUAGAUUUUUUUAGUUUGUAGUUUACAUUGUUUAUUCUGUAAGUUUGGGAGCAUGUACAUUCUAGCAAGGACCUUAUGAAUAUUUUAGUGCCUUUUGCACUGGAGAUGUUAAUAUUAAGAUUUUUUUUCUUUUGUAAAUUAUUUAUGUGGCAAUUUCAUGAGAAUAUGUCUAGAUGUUGCAGGAUAUUGUAUAUAAUUAUUUAUUUGUUUACACCAACUACAGACAUUUGAAAUUUUAAUAGUAACUAUUAUUUUCUUUCUUUUAAAUAUGCAUUAAACAGUUCUAUGUAUACACAGUUCUAUGUAUACAUUCAGUGCUUGAUUAGUAUGUCCACCACAAUGUGAGAUAGAAUGUGAGUUUUAAGGCACACCAUCUGUAUUUUGUUGUGUUAUUUCUUGGAAGAACUUUUAUAGUCACUAUUUUCCAAAUAGGAUGCACACUGCAAGUCUUAUACAUCUGUUAGGUAAUAAACCAAAGAUUGUUUUGAAAUGAUUUUCCGCCAAUAGGCCAUUUACCAGUGUUCAUACUUUAUGGAUGGGUAGUAAUAUAUCAGAUUUGCAAAUAUAUUUUGGGUUUGGUUUCCAAGCCUCCUGUUUAGUCUUUUGUUAAAUCUUGUCAUUUUUAUGCCUCACUAUUUUUUUUAUUACAUUGUUCCUUGAAUAAAGAUUUGUAGACUAAUUUAUA